AUGGCAAGAAUCUAUAGAUUAACUAUGUCUAAGAAACCACCAUUAGUCAAUAAAUAUCAAAGAGAAUUGUCUAAAUAUGAUGAAAAUCAAAGGCAAUUAGCUGGUCUAGAGAAACUUUCAGCAACAUUUCUACGAAAAAUAUCUAGUACCUUACGUAUAUUGGAAAAUUUAGAACAUGAUGAUUUAAUUAAAUCGAUAUUCAAUGAAUCAGAAAUAGAUAGUAAUAACGCUAAUAAUACUGCUAACAACAACAACAACACUAUAUACCCUCCCAUGUUAUCUGAGGAAGCUAUUCGAAUUGUUCCUGCGUUACAAAAGUAUAAUGACAGGAUAAUAGAGAUUUGUAACAAAUAUUCAAAUGAUAAAAAUUUUUCAAAUAUGGAUGAUAUGAUAGAUGAUGAGAUCCAUGAAAAUAAUAGUAAUAAUAAUGAAGAUAAUGAGGAUAUAACACCAUCUUUAAGGGAGAGUUAUAACUUUAUGAAAGAGAUACCUUUAUUACAUAAAGAUUUAGAAGGACAAUCAUAA